CGCCUGCCCUACAGCCGCCACCGACGCCCCGCCCCCCCCGUCGCCGUUCGUCUCCGCCCCGUCCGCGGUCUUUCCCCCCAUUGGGGUUCGAGGACCUGAGGUGCUUCUAGCUGGGAAGGAUGAGCAAAGGCCCGGUUCCGUUCCCUAGCUUUGGAAAGAAGGCAAAAGAUCUCUUGUACAAGGACUACAAUUUUGACCAAAAGUUUUCAUGGUCAACAACUAGCGAAUCUGGUUUGGGUAUCACAGCCUCUGGUGUGAAGUUCGAUGAACUCUUCAUUGGUGACAUACGGGUACAACAUAAAAGUGGUAGAAAUACUGUUGAUGUCACAAUCGAUUGCGAUUCCAAAGUGUCAACCGCGGUCACUUUUGAUGAAGUAGUCCCUGGUUUGAAGACUUCUUUCGGCUUCAAGGUUCCUGAUCAAAAGUCAGGGAAGCUCGAUUUGCAAUACCUUCAUGAUCGCUUCACACUGAAUUCAACCAUUGGCUUGACUUCGGCACCUGUGAUCGAGCUGGCAACAACUAUUGGCACAAACGAACUUGCUGUCGGUGCCGAGGUUGGAUUUGACAGCACUUCAGCUUCUGUUACCAAGUACAACUCAGGGGUCAGCUAUACCAAGGAUGAUUUUUCUGCCGCCUUACAAAUGGCUGACAAAGGCGAGACACUGAAAGCUUCCUACAUCCACCUGUUCAGCCCGACCAGCGCAGUGGCGGCCGAGGUAACGCACAGGUUGAAAACAAAGGAGAACUACUUCACCAUCGGGAGCUCCCACGCGCUCGACCCGUCCACGACGCU